AUGUUUUCUCCGUCUGCGAAAGCAGGUUCACAGCCAGAGAAAGGCUAUAUUGAUGGUCAUAUUGAACAACAACAUGUCCAACUCGACCAUAUCCGCCAGCAUCAGCUUGCAAGUCUAACAAACCGGGAAGACCACCAAGAUGGCAAGUGGCGGGCUAUCAUGAAGAAUCCUUGGGCCUUCCUCUGGUGUCUCUAUGCCGUCUGGACAGUCCUUCUAGUCAGUUUUGAGAACCAGGCCUCUGGCAACAUCCUGGGAAUUCCCCAAUUUCGGAAGGAUUUUGGAACUCUAUAUAACGGCAACUACGUUCUCUCCGCUAGGUGGCAAUCGGCCUUUAGCGGAGCACCAGUAGCUUCACAAGUCAUUGGAGCACUAACGUGCGGUCAAAUUGCUGACUGGAUCGGCCGGCGGUAUACCAUCGUCGUUGCUCUUUUUAUCUCUUUUGCAGCUAUCACUAUGGAACUCCUGGCCACCACAGAUGAAAUCUUUUUUGGCGGCAAGUUUCUCAAUGGAUUUGCGGUGGGCACAUUGCAGGCUGUUGCAGGUACCUAUGUUGGUGAGGUUGUACCACUUGCCCUUCGUGGCUUGAUGACUGCUUUAAUUGCCCUGUCGUUCACUGUUGGUCCCUUCACCGUGGCUCUGAUCGUGAACGCGGAAGGCCAAAGAGAUGAUCGAUGGGCUUAUCGUUCCGUUUUCUGUUCCCAAUAUGGGUUCGCCGCUAUUUCGGCUGCUUUUGUCUUCUUCAUGCCGGAAUCGCCUUGGUGGCUUGUGAGCAAGGGCCAUGAGGAAAAGGCCCUUCACAGCCUCCAUCGUCUCGGAUAUACUGCGGAAUCUGGAGAAGACGUAAAGCGUAUCGCCAAUAUCAAGAUCACCUUGGAGCAGAUUCGCCACGAGACAGAAGGCGUUACAUAUGCAGAGUGUUUCAGGAAGUCCAAUUUUCGCCGUACAAUGGUUUCAAUCGCGCCACUAGUGAUCCAACAGUUUACGGGAAUUAAUUUUGCUGCCUCCUAUUCAACAUACUACUCGGAGCUGGCAGGAUACAGCACAGAUAUGGCAUUUAAGCUGCAGAUCAUUCAGCAAGUCCUAUCUAUGAUUGGAAAUGUAAUCUCAUGGGAUUUAAUCGACCGGGUUGGUCGACGCGACCUGACGCUUUACGGAACUGUGAUAUUGACUGUUGUCCUCUGGAUCAUGGGUGGCCUCGCGGUUGCAGGCUCUCCUGGUGACCUUAAAGGAACGGUGGCAAUGAUUCUGUUGUACUGUUUCUUAUACAAUGUCACCAUUGGCGCGACUGCAUAUACCUGCUUGACGGAAGUGGCGACGUCUCGCCUUCGGAUUAAGACCAUCGCCAUAGGCCUGGCGGUCGCCAACGCCAUUUCAGUCAUGUGGAGCUUUGUCCUUCCGUACAUGUUCAACCCGGAUAAGGGAAACCUCGGAGGCAAGGUCGGCUUUGUCUUCGGAGCUUUAUCUUUCCCUUGCAUCGCAUUUCUGUGGUACUACCAACCGGAAACGAGGGGCCGAUCGUACGAAGAGCUUGACGAAAUGUUUACUAAGAAGGUUCCGGCGAGGCAAUUUAAAAGUUAUAUCACUGAGGUGGAGACACAGGGUCAUGAGGUUCAGUUGGGUAAGUCAGACGCUUAA